AUGUCAUCAGAAAAUGAUGAAAUUAUUGACGGUUGGGUUUUUAGUUCAGUUGGUGGCAUUUUAUCUACACCACUUGGUGUAGCAUUAGCUAAUUCUUUAAAGAACAAAAGUGGUAUUAAAUUGUGGAGUUCUCUUGAUAAUAAUAAUGGUUCAUCAACUUUUCGGAUGCAAUCUUGGUCGAAAUAUCAAAUGGUUAAUCUUAAUUUUGACUUACAACUACCAUCAAAUAAUAUUUUAUCUAUAAAAAAUGCACUGAUGAGUACUGAAUUAAAUACAAUACGAGUAUCUAUAAUUGAUAUUCGACCAUCAGAAAAUUUUAUCAGUCAAGGUAUCUCACGAACAUCAACUUUCGUUUUAAUUGGAGAUCAAACAGGUACAACUUACUUAAUAGCAACCGAUUUACCAUCAGACAUAUUACAAGUAGAAAAAACAUAUGAUAUUACAAAAGUACAUAAAAAAAUUUUCAACGGUUCAUUUUUGUUAUCCACCACCAUUGAUACACAUAUAUCAUCAUCGAAUACAACAAUAAUACCUGAUAUCAAUGAUGUUGCUGAAACAAUGAACAUAAACUUAAGUGAAAAAAGAACAAUAACAACAAGUAUAAGUGAAGUUGGAGAAAUUCGUCGAUCAUAUAGUUGCUUAACAUGUCAUGGCGAUUUAAAUGAAGUUAAAAAUGUUGCUGCGUUAUUGUAUUGUGAGAAAUGUCGUCGUCAUAUUUUAAAAGUAAAUGUCACUCAACAUAUUUCCACUACAUUAGUAUUAAAAAAUGAUCAAGAAAAAAUUAUUUUAUUUGUGAAUGACCAAAUGCUUCAUCAGCUACUCGAAAUCAUUGGUCUAAACAUCAAUAUGAUCGAUAUGGAUAUUGCAAUUGGUAUGAUGUCUUGUGGAAAUUCGAUUUUAGAAUAUAGUGAAUUACGUAAAGAAUUACUUGGAAUUACCAAGCCAAAAUAA